AUGCUCGAGAAGACCAACCUGGAUGUGAUCAUAGUCAAGAAAACAUACACUCGGCACCGUCAGCGCAAGCGUCCGUGGAUUCUCAGAAGGCUCGAGAGGGAGGAAGAUGCUGGUGAGGAGUCCAACGAUGGUGAUUACGAGCAGUUUAUGCGGGACAUUGAGGAGGAUAAGGAUCUUCGUCAGGAGAUUAACCUCUUCCGUGAUCCGGCAUGGAAAGAGCCAUGCAAUGUGGCUGCUGCACAGGAGGAGGAGGAAGGGGAAGCAGACGACAACGAAGCCCCCGAGGUGGACUUGGCUGAAUUACUCGACGGUCUCACCCUCAACGAUAAGGGUUCUCAACAGGAGGAGGAGGAUGACGAGCUAUGA